AUGCGUAAUUUGGGUUUGGAGCCUCAAAAGAAUGAACUUGAACAAAUUAUUGAGGAAGUAGACCAGAUGGGAAAUCACGAAAUUGACUUUCAUGAAUUCUGUGAUGUGAUGAAACGUAUGAACGAUAAAAAGAACAGCUGGAACGAUGUGGUGCGGGAAUGUUUUGCCGUUUUCGACAGGGUAAUGCCAUAA